AUGAAUAGGCAAAGUUCAAACCUUCAGGAUGAUUCUCUGACUUCUAUAGAUGAUAAUAGUAUCGAUAGUGAAAAAGUUCGUGCAUUUAAAGGUCACAAUAUGGACGCUCUGUCUAUAGCUCACCAAAGAAGUAACAGCAACGUCGAAGAUAGGGAAAGUUUGAGCAAACUAAUUUCCAAUAACAAGGGUGUAGAGAAGAUAAUCUCUGAAUUAGAAGAAGGCGCUGGUAAGUUAGGAGGAUUGGAAGAACCAUACGACAUAAAGAGGAUUGAAACAAACCCAGAUCCAAAUUCUACAUUUAAUGAUAAUGAUCCGUGGAAAUAUCCUAUUGAUCAAGAAACUGGUCUCAGAUUGGUUGAAUUUGUCCCAGAUGAUAAAAAAAAUCCAUUGAAUAUCUCAAAAGCAAGAAAAUGGACCUAUACUUUUCUCUUAGGAAUAAUUUGUUUCGUUGUUGCUCUAGGAUCUGCCAUUGUAACCGGAGAUAUUAGCGGGCCCAGAGAAUAUUUUGGCGUCAGCGAAGAGAUUAUUAUUUUAGCCUCUGUCACUAUGUUCGUUCUUGGUUUUGGUUUUGGCCCUUGUCUAUUCGCUCCACUUUCUGAAGAAAUAGGUAGACAACCGGUUUAUGUUGGUACGCUAUUUUUAGGGGUCAUAUUUAUAAUUCCCUGUGCAUUAGCUAAAAACAUUGAAACAUUAAUUAUUUGUAGAUUAAUAGAUGGCUUGGCCUUUUCUGCGCCUAUGUGUCUUAUAGGUGGUUCAUUGGCAGACAUUUGGGAAGCCAAAGAAAGAGGAGCUGCAAUGGCUGUCUUCUCAGCUGCUCCUUUUUUGGGCCCAGUUAUAGGCCCAAUUUUUGGUGGUUUGCUUGGUGAUAAUGCACCAACAUGGAGAUGGAUUUAUUGGUGUUUUCUAAUUAUUGCUGGAUUUUUCUAUGUUAUAUUUGUUUUGGCUCUCCCUGAAACUCAUCAUAGCACUAUAUUGAAACGUAGAGCUCAAAAGUUAAGAAAAGAGACUGGUGAUGACAGAUACAGAGCAAUUGCAGAAUUGAAGAUUAAGAGUUUCAAACAAGUUUGUAAUGAGUCGCUUUUGCGUCCAUUCAUUUUAUUAAGUGAAUUAAUUAUAUUCCUAAUAACCCUAUACAUGUCUGUUAUUUAUGGAUUAUUGUAUAUGUUUUUCUUUGCAUACCCAAUGGUAUAUGGUGAAGGUAAAGGAUGGAGUGAUUCUAUGGUUGGUGUUAUGUUUAUUCCAAUUGGUGUCGGUGUGGUUAUUUCUGCUCUUAUAGCCCCUUUUGUCAACCGAGACUACAACAAAAGAGCCCAAGUUUAUAGAGAUAGAGGAGAGUUACCACCAGCCGAAUUAAGGUUGAUUCCAAUGAUGUUUAGUUGUUGGUUCGUUCCUAUCGGGUUAUUUGCAUUUGCAUGGUCUUCUUAUCCAUCUGUCUCGUGGGCUGGUCCGUGCUUUAGUGGUCUCGCUGUUGGCUUUGGCUUCACUUGUUUAUAUAAUCCUGCUAAUAACUAUAUUGUUGAUUCUUAUCAACAUUAUGCAGCAAGUGGCUUAGCUGCGAAGACCUUCGUCAGAUCAAUAUGGGGUGCCUGUGUCCCAUUAUUUACUAUUCAAAUGUAUCAUAGAUUAGGCUACGAAUGGGCAUCAUCAUUAAUGGCUUUCAUUUCAUUAGCUUGCUGUGCUAUUCCUUUUGGAUUUUACUAUUACGGAGCAAGAAUAAGAACUUACUCAAAAUACGCAUAUUCCCCGGACUCAACCAAUUGA